UUGUGAUGAGUGCCCAACAACAUGAAAAACAGAAAAAUGUCAGAAAUAAAAUGUCAUAAAAUGUCCAUAUCGACCGUUUAAAGUGUUGAUUUUUCAGCCUAUGUGACAUGGAGUUUCCUUUCGAUGUCAAUUAUCUCUUUGGGGAUGAAAUCACUGUUGUUGAUAGCCAUUUAAUGCCCAGUAGGCGGAAGCCAAGUUUGAGUCUGGCAGAAUGUAAAGAACAGAUAAGAAGGGUGUUGGAUGCGAUGGGUGCAGCAUCAACAAAGGCUCAAGGUUUAUACACAAUCAUCACGUCUGGAAGGAAAUUAGAAACCUCAUUAAAUCAGCGGUGUUAUGUUAUGAAAGAUGCUGAAGGAAACAAUGGACGAGGUUUGAUCCUUGGCAUACUCAAAGUCGGUCAGAGGACGUUGUUUGUUUAUGACCACAAUGGUCAGCAGCAUGAGAUGGUACCAUUAUGUGUUCUAGACUUCUACGUGCAUGAAUCUCGUCAGCGGAUGGGGUGCGGGAAACGACUCUUCGACUAUAUGUUACAGCAAGAAGAAGUGCAGCCUCAGCAUCUAGCCAUCGACACACCAUCUUCAAAGUUUGUACCCUUCCUCAAGAAGCACUACCAUUUCAAGGCGACUAUUCAACAAGUCAACAAGUUUGUUGUAUUUGAAGGCUUCUUCACAAAUAGACAUGAUGUGGUUCGUCAACAAGGCAGAAUAGUUAGUCGACCCCCAAAACAUCCUAGUUCUGCAAAAGCUCGACCAAAUGGCCAGCCAACGUACCCGAAUGAAAUCAAACAACAACGAGAGAAAGAGGCGCUCAGUCACAUAAGUCUUCCCCGGUCAAGGUCACGCGAUGCGCUGAAUGCGAUCGGCGUGACGUUACCGUUGCCCCAGGAACCACGCGCUCGACCACCACUCCCAAGUGAUAGAGGAAAUAUGACGCCCCUUGGCGAUGAUGAUUUUGGUGAUAAUAACGCUAGUCGAGGUCGCGGUGCACAGGCACACAUGUAUAGUAGACACGCCAUGAACUCCACACCCACAAGAAUAGGGAGUGCAGGCUCUACUAGAGAGACUCCAAUAGAACCACUUUACAUGUAUAAGAAAGAACCUCUUCCACCUGUACCACCUAUGCCGCGUGACGGACCCUCAACUGAUUAUAAAGAAUUCCAUCAGCAUCUCAACUCCCACCAAGCAAUCCAAGACAGACGAGGGCAUCUCAAAACUGGGACUGACCGUGCCUCUCCACUCGGAAUGAACAGUUCACCGACUCACGUUCGCUCGGACACUAAUAAACCACUCGGAGAUCAUUACGCUACAAGAAGUGCUAAACCGAUGACUUUGAACUCAAAUUGGACUGUUUAUGGAGUGCCGCCAAACUAUCAGGGACGGAAGUGGCAGCAUACGCAACUCUGGUAGCAGGAGAGGAAUAGAUGAUAUUGGGGCAUGUGUGAUCAAGUGAGGAAUAACAGAUGGCCAAGCAUAGUGCAGUAUGUGUGCUCCCUGGUUCCUACAGACAUGUUUCUGGAUAAGACUUGGGAAUGAUUGUAAAGGGGCUUUGAGACUGUAUGGUUGUACAGCAUUGUGUUAGAACUUUCAUUUUCAUUUUGUGUUGUGCAUUUUUACAGCAGUUUUUCACUGCCGAUGAUAGUAAGACUUUCCAGAUCAGCACCAUCUAGUUGUGGGGGGGGGGGGG